AUGGCGGAGGACAAGACUCCAUCCCCUCCCCCACGAGGCCGCCGAUCCUCCUUUGCCGGAGAGACAUUUGCCAACCUCUUUGGAGGACAUCGAGGCUCCAUGUCGCGUGGCUCAAGCGAUAAUACCGUCAGUGGAAACACCAACUCGCAACAACCCACGCAGCAAUACGCCGGACCGAUCACGAGUGCAGCUGCUCAAGCCCAACGCCGGAGGCUGUCUCUCACGACCUUGGGCCUCUCCGGGUCGCCCACCAACCCCUCUCCCUUCGGCUCCUACCCCACCCGCCGCGAGAGCUACGGCUCGUCUGUCAACAACGAUAGCAUCGAUGAAUCUGCGAUUGAAGACGAGUUCGACAGCGGACCAACACCACAAACACCGUUCGGCCGGCGACUGAGCUUUGGCGCCAAGGCGUUGAGAGAUGUACGGACAGGCGGCGGCGGAGGCAACACACCUCCUGGGCAAAAUGGUGGGCAAACUUCAACAUCUUCUUCAAUCGGCAACACCACCACUUCUACUGCAAACCCCAGCUUGCAGAAAGCACCCAACGGGACAAUCUCUUCCCGAGAUGCCAAGGGUCGAGGUUUGUCUCUUGCCGCACAGAUCCAUCCAUCCUUCCUCACGUUCUUCCUCUCGUCGCUCGCUCGCUCGCUUCCCAUUGCCCUUGUAGGAUGACCACGUGCUGACCAUUCUUUGUUCCUUUAGGCUCCAGCGAGCGAUUUAAUUGGUCCGAGAAUUUCCGCUCUCGUGCUGAGCGGGCUUCUUCGAUCGCUGGCGGCAGUGGCUUGCCCUCUGGACUCGGCAAUAAUGUGGCUUCGAACGGCUCUUCUCGUGCAUCACACGGCCGAGCUCAGAGCGUUGCAACGAUGGAGCCACCCGUGCGCGAGAUGCCGAAGCCGAAGGAGCAAGUAAGACCGGACCAUUUCCAGGAGCGAAUCCUCAAGGGAGAUUUCUACAUGGACUAG